AUGCUGCUUCUGUCACUUCUAUUGCUAGCAGUUAUUGUCCCGGGUGGUGACAAUGAGCAUGCAUUACAGGGGCCAACCUCCUUCCAUCUCAUCCAGAUUUCAACCUUUGCCAACAGCACCUGGACUCAAAAUCAAGGCUCAGGCUGGUUGGAUGAUUUGCAGAUUCAUGGCUGGGACAGUGACUCAGGCACUGCCAUCUUCCUGAAGCCCUGGUCAAAGGGCAACUUCAGUGAUGAGGAGCUGGCUGAGCUGGAGGAACUAUUCCGAGUCUACUUCAUUGAGUUCACUCGGGAAGUGCAGGAUAUUGCAAGUGAACUCCAGUUUGAAUACCCCUUUGAGCUCCAGGUAUCAUUUGGAUGUUUAAUUCAUACUGGGAAGGCUUUGGAAACCUUCUUAAAUGGAGCAUAUCAAGGAUUAGAUUUCCUGAGUUUCCAAGAAAAUUCCUGGAAGCCAUCUCCAGGAGCAGGAAGUCGAGCUGAGAAUGUCUGUAAGGUGCUCAACCACUACCGAAUUAUUAAAGAAGUUGUGCAAAGGCUUCUCACUGACACCUGCCCUCGGUUUCUGGCAGGAAUCCUUAAAGCAGGGAAGUCAGAACUGGAAAGACAAGUUCGACCGGAGGCCUGGCUGUCCCCUGGCCCCAGCCCUGGCCCUGGCCUUCUGAUGCUGGUUUGUCACGCCUCUGGCUUCUACCCAAAGCCCAUUUGGGUGAUGUGGAUGCGGGGUGAGCAGGAGCAACAGGGCACUCAGAGAAGUGACGUCUUACCUAACGCUGAUGGGACGUGGUAUCUUCAGGUUUCCUUGGAUGUGGAAGCCAGUGAGGCAUCUGGCCUGAGCUGCCGGGUGAGACACAGCAGUCUAGGAGGCCAGGACAUCGUCCUCCACUGGGGGCAUCAUCUUUCCAUGAACUUGAUAUCAUUGGCAGUGAUAGUGCCCCUAAUGGUUUUGAUGAUCCUUGCAUUAUGGGUUAGGAAGCACUGCUGGAGCACAAUGGAUAUUGUUCUUGGGAGUGUGGUGGUCUUGGCAGAAAACCUCACCAUGGUCACCGAGUUCCUUUUACUGGGUUUUUCAAGUCUUGGUGACAUUCAGCUUGUUCUGUUUGCAGUUUUCCUUUUUCUGUACUUCGUCAUUCUCAGUGGCAAUGUCACUAUUGUUAGUGUCAUCCGCCUGGACAAAAGCCUCCACACACCAAUGUACUUCUUCCUUGGCAUCCUCUCAACAUCAGAGACCUGCUAUACCUUCGUCAUCCUACCCAAGAUGCUCAUCAAUCUUUUUUCUGUGGCCAGGACAAUCUCCUUCAACUGUUGCGCCAUCCAAAUGUUCUUCUUCCUUGGUUUUGCUAUUACCAAUUGCUUGUUAUUGGGAGUUAUGGGUUAUGAUCGUUAUGCCGCCAUCUGUCACCCUCUACAUUACCCUAUCCUUAUGAGUUGGCCGGUGUGUGGAAAAUUGGGAGCCCUCUGUGGGAUUGGUGGGUUCUUGGCCUCACUAACAGUAGUAUAUUUAGUUUUCAGCCUCCCUUUCUGUAGUGCCAACAAAGUCAACCAUUACUUCUGUGACAUCUCACCAGUUAUUCGUCUGGCUUGCACAAAUACAGAUGCUCACGAAUUUGUCAUAUUCAUCUGUGGUGUUCUUGUACUCGUGGUCCCAUUUUUAUUCAUUUGUGUUUCUUAUAUCUGCAUUCUGAGGACUAUCUUGAAGAUUCCCUCUGCUGAAGGCAGACGGAAAGCCUUUUCCACCUGUGCAUCUCAUCUCACUGUUGUCAUUAUUCACUAUGGCUGCGCUUCCUAUAUCUACUUGAGACCAACAGCAAACUAUGUGUCCAACAAGGACAGGUUGGUAACAGUGACAUACACUAUUGUCACUCCAUUAUUAAACCCCAUGGUAUACAGUCUAAGAAACAAGGACGUUCAAGUUGCUAUUAGAAAAGUGUUGGGGAAGAAAGGAUCCCUAAAAUUGUUUGAUUGA